CACAGUCAAACACAGUAACAUCAGCAUCAACUGUGGUGUAUUAAGCAUCCACUUACUGGCAAGUGGCAUCUUGUCCAGGAUCUCCUCUCUGACUGUGAUAUACAAGUGGAUUGCUAUGGGCCUUAACAAAGUAGACUGGGAUUAACGCUGGGGAAGCAGGUCAGUGAAGUUGGGUCAGCGUGUACACAUAAGGAAACAUGGCCUGCACAUCACAGUCCGCGUUAGACUAUGUCAAGCAUGCCAAACCCUAUCUUAUAAGAGGAUUAAAGGAUCUCUCUGUGAUUUUGGAGAACUUGAAUCAGAAAGGAGUUCUUGGUGAUGAAGAAGUCAGCAAUAUAAAGGCAGAGAAAACUGAUGAAGACAAAAGAAGAACAACACUGAUCUCAGUCACAAAAAAAGGGGAAGCAGCCUGCUAUGAGUUACUCAAGAUUAUCGACAGGACAAGGAAGAGGACUUUAGAGAAACCGCUUCUUCCUCCUGAGAAAAACAGCGAUGCUUCCACUGAGAAAAACAAGUUUGAUCUGCAUCAUUGGAUCAGCUGCUUUUCCUUCAAGGAGGAGACACAAGUCGAUACAAACUACUUACAAGGGCCAAGGUCAUGCCACAAAUAUCAGGAAAUGUUAAAGUCAAAUGCAAAAGAGAAGUCAAAUGAGUUUUGGGCAGCAAGUAAAAAUUGGUUUGAAGGAAACAAGAGACCUGAUCUGUCAUACUCAUCACUUAUAUUAGACACAGAGGAAAGUGUUCCUCCAUCUAAAAUAAAAAAAUUUAAAAAAAGGAAAAGCAAGCUGAGUCGCCCUAAAAAACUGAGGACAUACAUCCCUGAAGAGAAACCAGACAUUUCCCCCUGUGAGCUGCUGAAAACAGAUAAAAACAUUCUCUUGGUUGGAAAACCUGGAAUUGGAAAGACAGCACUGACUUGUGAAAUGUUGAGACUCUGGGCAGAAAGAGAAAGCAAAGAGCUUGAUUACAUGUUUUACUUUGACAUGAGGGAAACAGCACAGAUCGUGAAUGCCAAAAAUUUGGAGGAACUUCUUUUCAGCUUUUUUUGUGAUCUAGAUGAAGGCAAAGAUGAGGUCUUACAGGACAUACAGAGUCACUCUGACAAUGUUACAAUUAUUUUUGAUGGACUCACAGAUCUCUCUUCACCAGUGGUUACAAAGAUUUUAAAGAACAAAUUACUACCUCUUGCAAAGAUCAUCAUAACAUGCAGACCAGAUGAUGAGGAUAAAAAGUUGUUUUCUGGAGACUUUUACAGAGUGGAGGUGAAAGGCUUUAGUGAGCAGACUAUAAAAACAUACUUAUCUGCAACACUCGGUGAAGAUCAGAAGAAGGUUUUGAGUAGUGUGGAGUUGGUAACUCUUUGUCAUGUCCCCAUGUAUGCACUGAUGAUGGCUGUUUGCUUUUCAUCAAAAGAUGCUCCACAGCCAUGUACAAUAACUGAGAUCUACAUCAAUAUUGUUCGAUUCUGCCUUCAGAUAAACAGCAGAACUAAGAACCAAAAGCUGAAUUCCCUCAUCAAAACCAAGAGAGAAGAAAUUCUGUCUCUGGCUGAAGUUGCUUUUCUUUCAACCCAGCAAAAAUCUGUGAACCUGACAGACCUGCCCUGUGAAGACAGCUGUGUCCUGUCCUUCCUGAAACCACUUCUCAUCAAGGUGGCCCCGACUGAAACGAUAACCACAUAUGCAUUUCUCCAUUACACAGUGCAGGAGUUUUUUGCAGCACUGUGGCUCCUGAAGAAUCCUGAUCAAAUCAGAGAUGUUUUUCAGCAGUGCCUCACAGAGGAGAAGAAACAUAUGAAACAUCUGAUCCCCUUCAUGUGUCGACUGUUGAAUGAGAAGAGCCCAAGUUUGAUGAAGCAUCUGAUUCCAGAUCAGGAACUGAAGAAUACAUCUAACUGGUUCUUCAAGGAGCUGAUAAACACAUUUUUUCCUCAUCUGUGUGAGCAAGAAGAGGCUGAUACUGAGGACAGUGGGCUCCAUGUUGACAUACUGUUCUUAUGCCAGUGCUUGUAUGAGUCCCAGAGUCCUGAAGCAUGCAUCUACCUUCUAGACAAACUGGACUACCAUCUUGAUCUCAGUGGAGACAGUCUGGAUCCUUACCCUUGCUGUGCUGUGGCAUAUGUGGUCACUCAGUCAAAGGAAAGGAAAAUAUGGCUGAACGUCGAGGACGUGAUGAUAUCAGAACAAGGAAUGAGACAGCUCUUUGGAUGCUUUAAAAAUGUCCAAUGGUCUGACUCUCUGGCUCGACAGCUGUGGGAGCUUUUUCUUAUCAGUGAAGAGCAGAUGGACUUUGUAACCUUACUCAGCCUAGAUGGAAACCUUCACCUUCCAGUUGAUGGUGAAAAACAGCUUUAUAAAAGAGCUGUGGAAGUCAUGCAGAGGAUUCCUACAAAGGUUCAUGUCUGCCUCUACUGGGACAACGAAACUCCUCCCUGUCACAGUCAGUGUGAGUUUCUGCUAAAGGCUUUCCCGUUCAUCAGCUCAGUCAGCUUUAGAGGUCCAGUUUCAUGGAGCCAGGAGAAAUACAAUGGGACACUGGAGAGGGAGCAGAAGAGGCUGUUCAUGGAUUUAUGCGUGAAAGCAGCACUUCAUGAUGGACCAAACUUCUACAAUGUAGUGAAGAUGCUCCUCCCAUUGUUUCCUGUUAAGACUAACUUAGACAACAUCUUUCUUGAUUUGUUUCAAUAUGUGAAUAGCAAAGAGUUUUUAGGUGACUUUCAGGGUUUGAGGCCAUUUUUCCAGUCAGCUCCUGCAGUCUGGUCCAUAAACCUCUCAGAGAGAAAGACCUCCAUCCUCCUGGAAGUGCUGAAACUCCAACCAGAGAAGAAACAAGUGGAGCUGACAGGCUGCUCACAUGAAGAGAGUGAAGUGAGGAGUUUCCUGCAGUGUCUGCCUUAUAUCUCACAGCUCAGGUAA